AUGUCGCGCGCGCGGUGGUCCGACGACGGCGGCUCCGACAGCGGCUCGUCCGCGCUCUACUCCGACUCCGACCGCGGCGACGGCGGGACGAGGACCGGGGACUUCCUGAGACGCGCGCCGCCGGCGACGACGACGACGACGACCGACGCGGGCGCGGGCGCGGGCGCGGGCGACGACGACGCGCGCGUCCGGUCGCGAACCGUGCGCUCCAAAGCGGGCUGGGGCGACGUCACCGCGCGCGGGAGCGGGGAGAAACCCUCGCGACCGCACCUGCCGCCGGAUCGCGCGCGGCGAGAUCGAGGGCCGUCGUCCGCGAGCAUCAUCGCGGACGCGCUGGGGAAAGUCGUGGACGCGGACGACGCAUUCCACGACGACGUCGAGAUGGCGCGACGCGGCGCCGCCGGGGGGUACAACUACGCCGCCGCGGACGACGACGAGAGAGACACGACGCCGUUGCGCGGCGGCGGCGGCGCGCGGGGACAGAGCCGCCGCGCGCGCGCGGCGGCGGCGAACGCGUCGUCGUCCGGGACCGGCGGCGCCGCGCGCGCGUCCGCCCGCGGCCGUCUCGAUCUCUCCUCCGUCCUCCUCAAAGCCGGGACGAGAUCGAGAUGGGCGGCGACGACCGGCGGCGGCGAGAUCGGCGCGUGGACCGCGCGGCACGCGGCCGCUGUCGCGGACGGGCGAGCCACCGCGGGAUGGCUCAUGGUCUGCGUGCUCGUGAUGUUUAUAGGCGGACUCAUAGCGCAGUUCUGGGAGAGCGCCGGGCAGUGGAGCGCGCCGCAGCACCACCUCCCGGUCGCGACGCUCACCGCGAUCGCGGCGCUUCAGGGCGGCAAGGGCGUCUUGGGGAGCGACAAGAAGACCGCGACGUUGCUGCAGCUCGGUCACGUCUUCGUCUUGUGUUUCGCCGUCGGCGUCGACGCCUGGGUGAUGACGAAGACGCGAGAGGUCAUCGAGAGCAAGUACUCGAACAGUCAGUACGACAGGGCGCGGAGGAUAGCGGAGGGGGGGAUGGCGGUGGCGAUGGCGGGGAAGUGCGUCGCGCUGCCGAUCGCGAUCGCGCACGCGCGGCGGGUGGUGUGGCCCGGGACGGGCGAGGCGUCGCGGGAUUAG